AGCUUUAACACAAAUCAAAUAAAAAUAUAAAUAAGUUUUUAUUAAUUAAAGUGAAGAAAAUUAUUAGCUAUAAUAGUAGUUAAAAUGUGUAACAAUCGAAUGUCAAGUCAUUUAGAAGGAAGUAUUUUUGGAAGUGGAGUCCAAAAUAUCCAUAGACAGUAUUAUGGUCUUCAAAAUUUAAGUAAUCACUUUAAAAAUAAGGGAGUACAAACAGAUUAUAGAGAAAGCGAUUGUCAAACUUUACCAUGGGAGCCACCGUAUCAAAUUGCACCAGGGCACAAUCCAGAAGUAUUAAUGUUAAAACAUUUUAGAUGGGGUAUGGAAUUACCAGCUGGAAUGCAUGAAUUGGAAAUCAUUAAUAGAAUGAGAAAGAGAAGAGCAUGGGAAAGAAUACUUCCACCAAUGGAUACCCUUGCUAAUAUUAAAAUACGUUCUGCAUUAAUAGCUGAUCUCGAAAAUGACGAAUGGGCUUUCCGAGAAGCUGAAAUACAAUUUUUAAUGAAUUUACGAAUGGCACUUGAAGAUACAUCGAUGCAACAUAAAGCCAAUAAAAAAAAUAAACAAACUGAAAAUAGGCUUAAAAAACUUAAUGAAAGCCUUAAUAAACGUAAACAACAAGAAAUGGAUAGUAUUAGAAAUACUUUUACACGAGAGUUACGUAAACUCGCAACGAAACAUAGAAGCAUUAGGACUGGCCAAGAAAAAUCAAGCAUUAUCAAGCUUCAUGCUGAAAGGAAUUUAAAUUUCUACAAUCCAAAACUACGUCGUGGUUAUGCGGCCGAAUAUUAUUACGAUGAAAGUUUUUCCGAUAGUAAGUUUAUUGUAAAAAUGCUAAAGUACAAUAUUUUAAACAAAUAUGUUAUUGAUAUGUAUUCUUAUAUGAAAUUUAACGAAGUUGAAAAGGAAGAAACAUCACUGGAUUGGUUUUUCGUCACAAGAGAACCGAAUUAUACUACUUCAAAAACCUUUAUACGAAUUUGUCCACGAGUAUCCAAAAGAAACAACAAGAAAUUGUUAGAAUUAUCUCAGAAUUUAGAAUCUAUCAAAACCAAAUUCGAAUUUUCAGAUACUUAUGCUUCAUUGAAACGCAAACAGCAAAUAAUGUUGCUGCCAGCAACACCUUAUCAAUUACCGCCUAAAAGAUUCGAAAAUGAGAUGGAUUUACCAUCAAGUUUCCUUCGAAAACUUUUAAACGGGCGAGCUGAGCAAUGCAUGUUUAAAGACUUAAUUAAAGAUUUACAAUCAGUUCAAAUAUUGGAAAAUUCGAAUAAUUUAUCGAAUGAAACAAUUCGUUUGAAACUAAAGCAGUUGGAAAAAAAUUGUAAUGAAAUACUACAGGCAAUUGACGGAAAAACAAUUGUAAAUGUACUCAUUUUUUUGAACAACGAAUUAACAACACUUUAUAAGGAGACGGCUUAUGUAUCGUUUUUGUAUAAGGAGAAAGCUCAGACUCAAGAGCAAUUUGAAUUACAGAGAUUUAGAGCAGCUCAAGCAUCAGUAAAGAAAUGUAUGUCUAUACCUGCAAAUUAUGUAGAUAGAAAGUAA